UCGGGAACGGUCAACCUUGCUUGAAAUUCUAUACGAUGAUCACUCUUGUGCCAACUACUGAUGCACUCGAUCUUUAUGCAGCAGCCAAAUAAGAGGUUGGAUCUGUUCGAGAAUUUACAUUACCCUGAGGCUGAUUUGCAUUUUGCAUGAGGACCUGGUACGUCUUGGCGAUUCGGUACAGUCCCGACGGUUUUAUAUUCUUCUGCGGUCGAAUUCUAGUGAUGCCAAAAAACCAGACAUAUCAUCAAUGCAAUUCCAAAACAGACCUCUGACCAACGGUCUAAAAUUCUAGAUUCCCAAUUUGUCACUGUCUUGCAAUAUCGCAGACUCAUCAUGAUAAGCUGCUCUCGGACUGCAGUAUGAAACAAGUAUUCAGUAUCGAAUGUCCAAUAGUAAGCCGUCUCGGGGUUUUGGAUAUUCGGUCCGCUUUCGAAGGUCUCUGACACGCUGUGGUUGGACUGGUAUGUCUUUGCGAUAUGAAACAAGUCACUCAUCAGCAGGCCCGGGUAUAAAGGAGGUGCAGGCGAGCACUUCAUCUUCGACUCCUCUUCUGUGUUGUGCUCCAUCCUCGCUCUCAUCUUCUCGACGCUGUGCAAUCACCUCGCACUCUCACCUCAAGCCGCUUCACGUUGUCAUUAUGAUUGACUAUACCAAGGCAAUCCCUUUCGUCUUCGUCCUCGCACCUAUCCAAGACGCACGAUACGCUACUUAUUCUGGUAUAGCCAAUCCAGCAGCAUGCACCCUUUCGGCUUUCGCACAAUCUUCUCCUGGUUCUGAUGCCCCCCACGCCCUCAACGAUUCAUCCAGCUCAGACGACACAACAUCAACGACGAAUCAAGAUGAUACAACGUCACACACCUUCUCACCUUCAUUCUCGUGUCGUGUUGUCGAGCUUUUCAUCAUACUUAUUAGUCAAAUCGGUUUCCUCGCACAUCAAUUCCUACGAAUCUCUGACGUUGUUGAUGUUCUCUCCUCCUCGUUUGCGACUCUCGAGCAGACCACCGACCUCGAAAUCACGAACCUCUGUGCCACAAUGGAGUUUGUCAAGCAAGAUGUCGAUUCCGUCAAAGAUCAGACUCUUCGUCACGAACAGGUAAUGGCUCUCGAGGCUAAAGAAUUCGCCACCGUCGUCGCCAAUCAGCAACGCCAAAUUGACGACCUCGGAAAACAACUCCACGAGGAACGCGAACUCUCGAGAGAUAUUAAGAAGAUUCUCGACAAGCUUACUUCUCGUGUCUCGCGCGACAACACGGAGCUUGACGUUUUCCGCGGGCGUCUGCAUGACCAACUCACCUGCCAAAUCAAGAACCAAAUUCAGACGGAACGCGAUGUUAUUGACCUUCGCAAGGAACUCGAUGCCUUCCACGAACGCCUGCAUGGCCAACUCAUCUCUCAACUAAAGGAUCAAAUCCGAACGGAGAACGACAUUGCCGACCUUCGCAAGGAUAUCCCGAAGACUCUCUCUCUAUACCACACGAGGAUCUCAGCUCUGGAAUUUGCGUCAUCUCAAGCUAAACCGCCUCCUUCACCUCAAAGUGUUGUUUGUGACUCCGAACCCGUACGAAGUACUACGUUUGUGGAUGCCAGCCCCCUUCCGAAGCGAGUUCUUCCUGGCUUUCAACAUCUUCCUGCACCAACGAGCGCUGCACCGAAGAAACAAAGGUCAGGUAUCUCAAUCGCUGCUAGAUCGCUUCGGUUCAUUGAUCGUGAAUCAAUUUACAUUCAACCAUCCGCAUUAGUCGGAUCGAAGGCAGCUGGAAUCCCCAUGAAGUCCAUCUCCCCGAAGAUGCCACCGACAGUUGAUUCCGUCAGACGUCCGGUUACUGUCAAGUCUUCAAUUUCCAGGGUCCUGCCGAGCUCGAAGAUUCCGACGCCUGGCACGAGAGUAUCAUCCGCGCCUAAAGGAGUCCUCUUGAAGAAUCCCUCGUCCAAAUACUCAUCUUGUGAUAACCGUGCACCCCGGGAGUCCCCGGCUCUCAACAAGAGUGGUAGUGCCACCAAGGGCAAGGUGCAGGAGCCUAGAGUUCCUUCUCUCAGGAAGAGCGGCAGUGCCGUCAAGGACAACACGAAGGCGCCUAAACUUCUUCAGAAGAGCCGCAGCGCUGCCAAGGGCAAGGCGCGGAAACUCAGUAACAACCAGGUGUUGCCUCCGUCCUCGUCUCCAGUCACUCCCGCCACUACAUUGCGUGCCACGGACUCGACGUCCCGGCCCGACGACGCAUCGCAUGGCAUUGCUAGUCAACCCCUGUCGUCGUCGCCAUCCUUGGAAGCUCUGGAUGUUGCUGUGCAACUCCACUCGUUGGGCGAUUUGUGCGAUCCAUUGCCUUCUCUAGAUUCGAUGUCCUGGCUCGACAUCGCAUUGGAUAGUGUUGCCGGUCAACCCCUGUCAUCAUCAUCAUCCUUGGAAGCUCUGGAUGCUGCCGUGCAGCGUCACUCGCUGGGCGAUCUACGUGACCCGUUGCCUUACUUGGACUCGAUGUCCUGGCUUGAUGAGUUCCACGAGGUUUCAAGUCAACCUCUUCGCCCGUUAUCUUCCAUGGAAGCUUUGGAUGCCGCUGUGCAGCUUUCAUCGCUGGACGAAUUGUGCGGGACGAUGCCCUCGCUAGACUCAAUGUCCUUCCUUGACGAUGACGCUUUUCCUGUCCCUCUCUUCAAGAAUCUUGGCCGGAAUAAGGCACCAAGCAUCAAUUAUUGCCACCGAGAACCUCUUCGCCCGUCACCUUCCAUGAAAGCUUUGGAUGCUGCUGUGCAGCUUUCAUCGCUGGACGACUUUUGUGGGACGAUGCCCUCGUUGGACUCGAUGUCCUUCCUUGACGACGAUGCUCUGACGAUCCCUCCCUUCAAGUCCCUUGUCCGGAGUAAGCCUUGAAGCCUACAUGCUUAUUUGGCUUCUCUUGGUAUUCCCGCAUAUUUGAGCACUGCCAGUGUAUCGAUACAUCCCCAUUCAUGACUUUGCUAUACCCCUCUCAUCCCCUCCCAUUCCUCAGUUGCAUCCCUAUUUUUCUAUUCUAUCAGAUACCAUUUCUUCUCGUGUCGUUCCAUUUGCUUGCUCUCUCUCUUUCCUUCUAUCUCUAUCAUUUUCUCUGUGUUGUAGCAGUUUCUUAUCUGUAUUUCUUUCUCUUUAUAGUAUCCUCUAUCUCUAUCUCUACCGUUACUCUACGAUUUCCUUUCUGCUUUAUCAUAUCAUUUUCCUCGUUUUCUAUGAUAUCAUGAUCUAAUAUUUCUGCUGGAAAAUGUAACCGU